AUGACUCGGAUGAUUGAUGUCGAUGAAGUAUCCAGGCACAAUACACGAGAAUCCGGCUGGAUCAUUAUCAAGGGUAAAGUCUACGACGUCUCCAAGUUCUUCGAUGAGCACCCUGGCGGUCCGGAAGUGUUAAUGGAGCAAAUAGGCAAGGAUGCCACGAUCCCGUUCUACGAUGUGGGACAUUCGAGUGAUGCGCGUAAAAUGCUUGAGGAUUAUUUUGUUGGCGAUCUCAUCGGCGGCCCCACGCUCUCCGCACCGCAAACAGCUCCACGCGCACAGACGGCCUCUCAAGACCGAGCCUCGUUGGCAGAAAUCAUUCUCUCGCCGACAUGGACGAAUUUCCUCAUUCCAACGGCUGUCGGGAUUUUCGUCUUUGUCUUCUACAAGGGCGCCAUGCACCUUAUUUCU